GGUCAAGUGCCAUCAUGGCGGCGGAAGAGGCGGAUGUGGAUAUUGAAGGGGAUGUGGUGUCGGCUGCGGCACCCCCAGGAAAUAAUGAAAAUGCAGCAUCAGUUUUACAACAAGAUCACUAUCUUGAUUCAUCGUGGAGGAAUGAGAAUGGUCUUAUUCCUUGGACUCUCGAUACUACCAUCAGUGAAGAAAACAGAGCUGUCAUUGAGAAAAUGUUGUUGGAAGAAGAAUAUUAUUUAUCUAACAAAUCACUUCCAGGAAAAUUCUGGCUUGAUCAAAAGGAAGGUGAUAAAAAAUACAUGAACAGUCUGCAGAAAACAGCAAAAAUCAUGGUACACUCUCCUACAAAACCAGCCAGUUUCUCAUUAAAGUGGACGAUAGAAGAAAAAGAGCUGUUUGAACAAGGGCUGUCUAAAUUUGGACGAAGGUGGACCAAAAUUGCAAAGCUAAUUGGAAGUCGCACUGUUUUACAAGUGAAGAAUUAUGCCAGACAGUACUUUAAAAACAAGGUAAAAUUGGGUCUGGAGAAAGAAACACCAACUCAGAGGAGCAGCAUUGAUCUUCAGGUUAAAAAUGAUGAUAAAGGGACAAAGACAUGGACAACAUCGUGUUUAAGGGGACGUGCUGAUCCCAAUUUAAAUGCUGUGAAAAUUGAGAAGUUAUCUGAUGAUGAAGAAGUAGACAUCACAGACGAGAUGGAUGAGUUUAUUUCUCAAACACCACAACAGAAUUCUAGCAGUGGUCUCUCAUUAGACAUUCCUAGUAGUAAAAUACAUGAAACCAGUCAGGGAGAAGUCAUACACCCAGAAAGUCUCUUUUCUAAGUCUUCCAUGGACUGUCUUCAGAACAUAAAGCAAGAUGAAAUGGAAAUACUUGCAGGCUCAGAAAUUACAUUAUGGAAUGAAAAGCAGAACAGCAGUGAGAAAAGCUCAGUUGACUUAAAUGAUCAGAAAUGUAGUAAACUGAUUAAAAACUGUGACGGACAAGGUGGAGAUGGAGUGCUAGACGAAAGGCAGUAUUCUCCAGAGCCUUGUGAGGUUCAGAAAGAUUGGCGUCACAGCGAAAGGUUUUUUGCUACUUCUUGCCAAAUGGUGGAGGAAAGCCAUGAGGAGGAAGAACUUAAGCCACCAGAACAAGAAGUAGAAAUAGAUAGAAAUAGCAUUCAAGAAGAAGAAAAACAAGCAAUUCCCGAGUUUUUUGAGGGGCGACAAGCUAAAACACCAGAGCGCUAUUUGAAAAUUCGAAAUUACAUUUUGGAUCAGUGGAAGAUAUGCAAACCGAAAUACUUAAAUAAGACCUCAGUACGUCCUGGCCUGAAGAAUUGUGGGGAUGUUAAUUGUAUUGGACGGAUUCAUACAUACCUCGAGUUGAUAGGCAUCAAUUUUGGAUGUGAACAGGCCGUAUAUAAUAGAGCACAACCAGUUGAUAAAGUCCGAGUCGGAGACAAAAAAGACGCAGCAGAAGCAUACCAACUUGCCCAGUGUCUGCAGUCUGUGCGCACAAGGAGACGUAGGGUCCGAGACCCAUGGGGAAACUGGUGUGAUGCAAAAGACUUAGAAGGACAAACAUUUGAGCAUCUCUCUGCUGAGGAGUUUGCAAAGAGAAGAGAAGAGGAAAAAUGCAAACCUAUUAAAUCUUCAAAAGUGUCAAGACCAACAAAAAGCUCAUUCGAUCCCUUCCAACUGAUACCUUGUAAUUUUUUCAGUGAAGAAAAGCAGGAGCCAUUUCAGGUGAAAGUGGCUUCAGAAGCACUUUUAAUAAUGGAUUUGCAUGCUCAUGUUUCUAUGGCAGAAGUAAUUGGUCUCUUAGGAGGAAGGUACUCAGAAGAUGAUAAGAUAGUUGAAGUCUGUGCAGCUGAACCAUGUAACAGUCUGAGUACAGGACUACAGUGUGAAAUGGACCCUGUAUCACAAACCCAGGCUUCAGAAACCUUGGCUGUUAGAGGCUACAGCGUUAUUGGAUGGUAUCAUUCUCAUCCUGCAUUUGACCCUAAUCCUUCCUUACGAGAUAUUGACACUCAAGCCAAAUACCAGAGUUACUUUUCCAGAGGAGGUGCAAAGUUCAUUGGGAUGAUUGUUAGUCCCUAUAAUCUAAACAAUCCUUUACCAUACUCCCAGAUUACCUGCCUGGUUAUAAGUGAGGAAAUUAGCCCAGAUGGCUCCUAUCGUUUACCUUACAAAUUUGAAAUACAACAGAUGUUAGAAGAACCUCGGUGGGGAUUAGUAUUUGAAAAGACAAGAUGGAUAAUAGAAAAAUACAGACUCUCCCAUAGCAGUGUCCCCAUGGAUAAACUCUUUCGCCGGGAUUCUGACCUAACUUGUUUGCAGAAACUUUUGGAAUGUUUGAGAAAAACUCUGAGCAACGUAACCAAUUGCUUCAUUGCUGAAGAGUUCUUGACUCAAAUAGAAAAUUUGUUCCUUUCCAAUUAUGAAAGCAAACAAGGGAAAGAAGUGGCUGAAGAGAACUGUACAAAGGAAUUACUAAUGUAAUUACUUUAAAGUAAGACAUUUUAAUCUCGACAUGAUAGAUCCUACUUAUCAAAGUUACAAUGUUGAAAUGAUUGUAAUUUAAUAGUGGCCCAUGUGGUGCUUUUCCUCUAAUUCACAGAAAUCCAAACUUUGCCACCUAAGUCAUGUGGAAAGGAGCAGAUACAGGCUUGUUCAUGUAAUGGCUGUCAGAAUGUUAUGUAAACCCAGGUCCACUGCAGUUCCUGUCCUUUAUUAAGCAACACAGGUGCUUUUCACAGAAGAAAACUUACACAGGUGGUCAGCUUUACUGUUGUAUUCAGAUUGAUAACUGAAAUAUCUAAUUUUUACUUCUUCCCUGGACUAGGCAUUUAGUAUUUUCCAUUUUGGCAUCUCAGCUCAUUAGAAGAUCUUCCAUUUUUUUCUACUUGUUCUGUGAGAUUUGUGUGUUUUUAUUUGGGGUUCCAAAUGAGAGGUAUGGAUAGAUAGUCACUGAGAUAAUUAACAUGGUUGAGAAUUACUGAUUGAUAAAUCUUAACAUGUUGUAGGGGUCUAGGAGAGACCUGAGGAGAGAAUCUUAGAGGAGAGAACCAAAGGAAAGAAUUAAAUUACCAGUUUUAAUCAUAAAUACUAUUUUUAUUUUAUAGCAAUAGUACUAUAAGUUAUGCCAUUUUCUUAGCUACCUAAAACAUUUUUUAUGGAUUUCACACACAUAAAAUUAGCUCUAACUCUGUAUCCUCUGACAGUUGUGAAACCUCAUUUAACUGUACCUGGUAACCAUAAUCCUCAAACUACCUGCUGCUGGUUUUUUGUUUUUGUUUUGUUUGUUUUUUGCUUAUUUCGUUGUAAGAAUAAGGCAGUAGUAGAAAAAGCAGCUUUGCAAUUUUAGAUGACUUGGGUCUUGUCUCGACCUUGUGAUUUCGUGAGAUACAGUUUACUUUUUCUGGGCCUAAAUUCUUUUGUAUAGCUCUAAAUUACCUUCCUAGUAUCCUUUCAGGUCUAAAAUUUUAUCAUUUAUUCAGUUUGCUAGGCUAUUUGAGAUUAUACAGUCCCCAAAUUAACAUUUUAAAAGAAAGCUAGUAGUUUUUCCAUCUCUCUGAAUUUAGGAUAAACAAUGAAACAGUUUAUAAAAUUACCUUGAGGGCUGGGAGUAUAACAACCGUAGACCAAAAUUAAGGAAACCUGAGCUCUUAUCCUAAUUAUGUUGCCAUCCUUGCUAUGUGACCUUGAUCAGAUCAUAACCUUUUUAAACUCCAGGUUCCUCAAUUUUAACUCAAUGGUUACUGUUUUUUUGACUUGGUUUUUCUUUCAAGUACAGAAGGUCUGUGGUUCUAUAAAAGACAGUAAUAAUUAUUCCUUUGUACUCUCCCUGCUUUGGAACUGUUUCCUCAUGUGUAUUGGAGAAUGGACAGUGAAAACUGGUAUUUAUUAGCUUUCUCGAUUGAUAUUUCCCUGUAAUAUUGAUGAAUUUGGGUGAUGGAAAUAGUUAAAAGUUCUUUCUCAAAAUCUAGGCCUUUUGCAAACUAGUGGCUAACUGUAUUUACUAAUCUAAGCCAUAUUGUCAGGAACUCAGAGAUGAUAGUUAUCAGAGUUUAAGCCCUUUAGAGUAUGAUUUUUAAAACAUUUACUGUUUUUUUUUCUUACUGUAGAAUACAUUUAUCUUAUAAAAUAUUUUAAAAUACAGAGAAUAUACACAAAAUACAGAUAUCUCAAUCCAACUAUCCAGUUAACACCUUAGUUAAAUU